AGGUCCUGCCUGCAGGGGAAGAGACUCUACUUAUGGAUCUCCUGUCUGAGCCGCCUCCAUAUCAAGAGGCACCCCACGAGGCGGCUAAUGAAGCAGAGGCCAUGCCUGCCGAACGCCCCGCUGCGACUGAUGAGGCAGCCCCCUCACCUGUGGCAAGCCGCCUCAGGGGGCGGCGGGAACAGGCCCCUGCGGACUCCACCGCCAUGCCUCUGCGUACCGGCCCGGACGGCCAGCUGCAGUACUGGCCGUUCUCCGCCUCCGAUCUCUAUAAUUGGAAAAACAAUAAUCCUCCUUUUUCUAAAGAUCCCUUGCAAUUGAUCUCCCUUUUAGAAUCAGUCCUAGUGACUCAUCAACCCACCUGGGACGAUUGCCAACAGCUUUUACAGGUGCUACUGACUACUGAGGAGAAGCAGCGGGUCCUCCUCGAGGCGCGGAAGAAUGUGAGGGGAGCGGACGGACAGCCUACCCAGCUCCCUAAUGAGAUCGAUGCAGCCUUUCCCUUAACCAGGCCGGAAUGGGAUUUUAGUACUGAGGCAGGUAGGACUCAUCUUCGUCUCUACCGCCAGUUGCUCAUAGCAGGUCUCCGGGGGGCAGCUCGGCGCCCCACCAAUUUGGCUCAGGUAAAACAGGUUUUGCAGCGAGCAGAGGAAACGCCCGCCGCGUUCCUUGAGAGAUUGAAGGAGGCAUACCGCAUGUAUACGCCUUACGAUCCGGAGGACCCAGGACAAGCCACUGGUCUUGCCAUGGCGUUUAUCUGGCAGUCCGCCCCAGAUAUCCGUAAUAAGUUACAGAGGCUGGACAAUUUACAGGGGUAUACGGUCCCUGAUUUGCUAAAGGAGGCAGAGAAGGUAUUCAAUAAUAGAGAGAGCCAGGAAGAGAGAGAAGAGCGUUGGAGGAGAGAAAACAUUGAGAGGGAGGAAAGGCAGCGAAAGGAAAUGGAAGAGAGAGAAAAUGCCAGGGAUAAAAGGAGACAGAGGGAGCUUUCACGGUUGAUGGCCACUGUAGUGUCAGGACAGAGACAGCGGCAGGAUAGACAAGGAGGAGAUCGAAGAGGACCCAGGGUAGAUAAAGAUCAGUGUGCCUACUGCAAAGAACGGGGCCACUGGGCUCGGGAGUGCCCAAAGAAGCAAAGUCGGAACAGAAAUACAAGACCCCAGGCCUCAGCUUCUCUCCUAAACCUAGAAGACUAGGGGAGUCGAGGCCAGGAGCCCCCCCCUGAGCCGCGGCUAACCCUACACGUAGGGGGGCACCCCGUCACCUUCCUGGUGGAUACAGGGGCACAGCACUCCGUUUUGACCAGGUCUCCUGGCACGUUGAGCGGCCGCACGGCCUGGGUCCAGGGAGCCACAGGAGGAAAGACCUACCGCUGGACCACCGACCGGCAAGUGCAACUAGCGACUGGCAAGGUAACCCACUCCUUCCUCCAUGUCCCAGACUGUCCAUACCCAUUGCUGGGUAGGGACUUAUUAACUAAACUAAAGGCUCAGAUACAUUUUGAUAAGACUGGGGUCAGCAUCACUGACCCGUCGGGAAGGCCGUUGCAUGUGCUCACCUUGUCCAUAGAAGAUGAGUAUAGACUACAUGAACGAAGCAAAAAGGCCCCAACCGAUAUGGAGGGAUGGCUACUCAAGUACCCCCAAGCAUGGGCAGAGACCGGGGGCAUGGGUCUCGCCGAUAGCCAGCCACCCAUAAUUGUGUCCCUGAAAGCGAACGCCAUCCCAAUCGCCGUAAAGCAGUACCCAAUGUCCAAGGAAGCCAGAGAAGGCAUAGCUCCUCACAUCAAUAGACUGUUGGAUCAAGGGAUCCUCGUACCCUGUAAGUCCCCCUGGAACACCCCUCUAUUACCCGUCAGAAAACCAGGAACGGGGGACUACAGACCAGUCCAGGACCUCCGAGAGGUUAAUAAACGGGUUGAAGAUCUACACCCCACAGUGCCCAACCCCUACAACCUCCUUAGUGGGCUAUCGCCUACCCACGUCUGGUAUACGGUCCUGGACCUCAAGGAUGCCUUCUUUUGCUUGAGGCUACACCCCAACAGCCAGUUGUUAUUUGCCUUUGAAUGGAGAGACCCAGCUCGGGGAAUCUCCGGUCAGCUGACCUGGACAAGGCUACCCCAAGGGUUUAAAAACAGCCCCACUCUCUUUGACGAGGCACUACACCGGGAUCUGGGUUUUCGGGUCCAGCACCCCUCUCUGAUUCUGCUCCAGUACGUAGAUGAUUUGCUGCUGGCGGCUACGUCAGAGGAAGACUGUCGCCGGGGCACCGAGACCCUACUCCAGGUCUUGGGGAGUCUGGGGUACCGGGCAUCGGCCAAGAAAGCCCAGCUCUGUUUAAAACAAGUGACCUAUCUGGGCUACAAAAUAAGGGAAGGGCAGAGGUGGCUAACUGAGGCCAGAAAGCGAACCAUUCUGAACAUUCCCGCCCCAAGAACCCCCCGUCAAUUACGGGAAUUCCUGGGAACCGCAGGCUUCUGCCGCCUCUGGAUCCCGGGUUUCGCUGAGUUGGCCGCUCCCCUCUAUCCCCUCACGCGGACCGGCAUCCCCUAUAACUGGGGAACGGACCAGCAGCAGGCCUUUGAGAAUAUCAAACAGGCCCUCCUACACUCCCCGGCCCUGGGACUGCCCGACUUGCUGAAGCCCUUCGAGUUAUACGUUGACGAAAGACAGGGCUACGAAGGGGUGUUAACCCAGAAGCUGGGACCAUGGAGGAGACCGGUGGCCUAUUUAUCCAAGAAACUGGACUCAGUGGCCGCAGGAUGGCCACCCUGCCUCCGGAUGGUAGCGGCGAUAGCAAUUCUGGUUAAAGAUUCUGGCAAACUGACCAUGGGUCAACCCCUUACCGUUCUGGCCCCGCAUGCUGUUGAAGCAAUCAUCCGACAACCUCCGGACAGGUGGCUCACCAAUGCGAGAAUGACUCAUUACCAAACCUUACUAUUAGAUACCGACCGAAUCCGGUAUGGGGCCCCGGUGGCCUUAAAUCCAGCCACCCUCCUACCUCUCCGGCACCCCGAACACCAUGAUUGUCAGCAGAUCCUGGCCGAGGUACAUGGCACUCGCCCAGACCUCUCAGACUUGCCCCUCCCCAACCCUGAACACGUCUGGUACACGGACGGGAGCAGCUUCAUGGAACACGGAGAGCGGCGGGCCGGUGCGGCGGUGACCACGGAAGAUCAGGUAAUAUGGUCCCAAGCUCUACCUGCAGGAACCUCCGCUCAGAAAGCGGAGCUCGUAGCUCUGACCCAGGCUCUAAGACUGGCGGAGGGAAGGAGAUUGACGGUGUAUACCGACAGCAGAUAUGCCUUCGCCACGGCCCACAUCCAUGGCGAAAUAUACAGAAGGAGAGGUUUACUUACUUCGGAGGGAAAAGAGAUUAAAAAUAAAAAAGAAAUACUAGCCUUGCUACAGGCCAUUCAUCUGCCGCGAGCUCUCAGCAUCAUCCAUUGCCCAGGGCACCAGAAAGGGGACACUCCAGUUGCAAGAGGCAACAGGAUGGCUGACUGGGCGGCGAGGGCGGCCGCCACUGAGGAAAAACGGGUCGAAGUCCUAUCGGUUGACUCUAGACCUCAUCAUGGUGACUCCCGAUGGGAAUACACGGAACAAGAUGUCAAGGCUCUGCACUCCCUGGGAGCACGGGAAGAUCUAAAAACUGGGAAAUGGGUGUACCAAGGAAAGGUAGUGUUGCCCUACGAAAUGGGCCGCCAUUUGAUCUCCUGGCUGCAUCGCCUCACACAUCUCAGCUACCAGAAAAUGAAAAAGCUUCUGGAACGGGAAGAAGAGGUCUACUUCUUUCUACAGAAGAACGAUCUUCUCAAAGAAAUCACCGAACGUUGUGACGCCUGCGCCAGAGUGAAUGCUUCUAAAAUCAAGCUGCCUCCGGGUAUAAGAACCAGAGGUCACAGGCCCGGCACUCACUGGGAAGUAGACUUUACUGAAAUAAAACCGGGCAAGUAUGGAUAUAAAUAUCUACUGGUUUUUGUAGAUACCUUUUCAGGAUGGCCGGAAGCAUUCCCGACAAGGCACGAGACUGCCGCUGUGGUGGCCAAGAAGCUAUUGGAAGAAAUCUUCCCCCGAUACGGGAUGCCCCAGGUAGUAGGGUCAGAUAAUGGUCCCGCCUUCAUCUCCCAGCCCAUCUACAGGCCCUCCAGCUGGUCCAGAAGGAGGUGUGGGAACCUCUAGCCCAGGCGUACCGGGACCAGAGAGACAAUCCGGUCGUGCCUCAUCCGUAUCAGAUCGGAGACGCUGUCUGGGUCAGACGCCAUCAGACC